CAGCGCGGCGCAUGCGCAGGGAGGGGCACGAAGCCGAGCGCUGCCCUGCGCUGCUCGCUCCCUGCCCGGGGGGCCGGCGCGCGUGGAACUUUAGAACGGGAAACGCUGAACGUGGAACGCCGGCGGUUUGAACUGCAGCGGCGGCGCCGGGAGACUUCAUAUUUUCCCAAGAACAACUUUGACCACCCAAAAGCCGAGAUCCUGUGCUUGCCUUUGUCUAAGGUUCAGGAGGAAGAAAGGAACAAGUCUGAGGGUUACUUGAAGAUAAAGGGGAGAACAGCAACAGUGAUAUUGGGAUGGUGGUCUAAUAUAUGUCCCCAAAAUGGAAAGAAACGGAGUAUGAGACAUUCUUCAAGCAGUACUGAUGGGUAAGAGAAAAGAGGAAAGUGUUUCUAAAUCUGGAGGCCAUAAAAGGCUAAGACAAGAAGAUGCGGAUAAGUAUGAUGAUGAACCUAAUGAAGCAGAGCAUUCACAUCUAGCAUCUGGCAGCAAUUCUUGCUCACAGUUGACUUCAGGGGAAGUUGGGAUAAUUGAAAGCAUCCAACUAAAAAACUUUAUGUGCCACUCAAUGCUCGGACCCUUUCAGUUUGGAUCCAAUGUCAAUUUUGUGGUGGGAAACAAUGGAAGUGGGAAGAGUGCUGUAUUAACUGCUCUUAUUGUUGGUCUUGGUGGAAAAGCUACCACAACUAAUAGAGGAUCUUCUUUAAAAGUAUUUGUAAAAGAUGGAGAGUCUUCUGCAGAUGUUUCAAUAACAUUACGAAACCAAGGUAGAGAUGCCUUUAAGCCAGAUGUUUAUGGUGAUUCUAUUGUUGUCAGUCAGCGUAUUAAUGCGGAUGGAAGUCGUAGUUAUAAACUGAAAAGCAAAUCAGGGACCUCAGUUUCUUGUAAGAAAGAGGAACUUGUAGCAAUAUUGGAUCAUUUUAACAUACAGGUAGAUAAUCCUGUGUCUGUUUUAACCCAAGAGAUGAGCAAGCAUUUCUUACAGUCUAAAAAUGAAGGUGACAAGUACAAGUUCUUUAUGAAGGCAACCCAGCUGGAGCAGAUGAAAGAUGAUUAUUCAUACAUUAUGAAAACUAAAGAAAAUACAUCUCUCCAGAUAGAGCAAGGAGUAGAGCGUCUUCGAGAACUAAAGCAACACUAUGUGGAAAAAAAGGAACGUUAUAGAACCAUUGGGUUUGUGAAUGAAAUGCGAAACUAUCUAGAAGAACUGAAAAACAAAAUGGCUUGGGCAGUGGUCAGUGAGGCAGAAAAAGAAAUAAAACCAAUCCAAGAGAGCAUCAGUCUUGAAGAAGGAUGUACAGAUAAGUAUGUCCAGAAGCUAAAUGAAUGGCAGGUCAAAGUAAAUGAAGCAGAAGAAAAGUACAAGACCAUCCAAGAUCAGUUAAAAAAGAUACAUGAAGAAGCACAGCUAUUACAGCCUCAGUGUGUUUCUUUGAAAUCAGAACUUCAAGCAAGAAGAAGAGCAUACAAUGAAGCUGAGGUUCUUUAUAAUCGAUUCAGAACUGAAUUAAGACGACUAGAAAAGGAUGAUAUACAGCUACGCAAACGGAUUGAAGAACUGAAAAAUAGUGCUGAGCAAAUUUCAGAUCCUGAAAAACUGGAAAGACAAAGAAAAAUCACCCAGUUGAAAGAGCAGUUAAAGGUGUUCUCUGAUCAGGAAACUGUGAUUGGUCAACAGCUGCAACAGUUUCAGCAAGCUAUAUACGAGUACAGGGAAGAACAUUCCACAUUUAAGAGAGAAGAACUUGAAGUGAAACAAGCAUUGGAUGCCAAGCAGAGACAGCUUAAGGAGCUGCAUGAGAGUAAAACAAAUCAGUUGAAAAGGUUUGGACAACACAUGCCAGCCCUUCUUGAAGCAGUUGAGGAAGCCUUUAGGCAAGGACGUUUCAAAGAAAAACCUGUUGGGCCACUAGGUGUUUAUCUUCAUCUCAAAGAUGCAGAACUUACUCUAGCUGUUGAAGCUUGUUUAAAGAGUCUGCUUCGAGCAUUUUGUUGUGAUAAUCAUAACGAUGAGAGAACACUUCAGGCCUUGAUGUCAAGAUAUUAUUCACCUGGGACUCGGCCACAAAUAAUUGUGAACAGGUUUCGGAAUGAAGUUUAUAAUGUCAGAUGCAGGGCAGUUUAUCACCCAGAAUUCCCAUCAGUCCUUACAGCCCUGGAAAUAGAUAACGCAGUGGUUACCAACUGUUUGAUUGACAUGCGGGGCAUAGAAACAGUCCUUCUAAUUAAAAGCAGCUGUGUGGCUCGUAAAGUAAUGCAGAGUAACAAGCCUCCAAAAAACUGUCGAGAAGCUUUCACUGCUGAAGGUGAUCAGGUGUUUGAGAGACGAUAUUACUCCUCUGAAAACACUAGACCCAGGUUCCUAAGUAAAGACGUAGAUGUUGAAAUAAGUCUCCUGGAAAAUGAAGUUGAAAAUAAGAAGGCACAGUUGUUAACAUCUCAACAGCAUUUACAUUCGAUUGAAAAUGAGAUCAGACAAAAUGAAGAUUAUCUUAAUCAACAUCGUCAACACCAAAAAGAACUGCAGAACAAACUAAGAAGAAUAAACGUAGAAAUAAUGGAUCUCGAGAAUGUAGAAGAACACCAAUCAGUGGACAUCUCUACACUAGUAGAUGAAGCUCAAGAAAACAAGAAUAAGAUGGAAACUGUUAAAGGAGAUAUGCAAAAACAGAAGGUGAUAAUGGAGGAACUGAAGAAUAAUCUACGAGCAGCUGAACAUAAACUUGAAGAAAUUAAAGACAAAAUUCAUCAAGUAGAAGAAGUAGCUGGUCCUGUGAAGGAUGAAUUAAACCAAGUUGAUUCAGAAAUGGAAAAAUGUAAACGCCACUGGCAACACUACGAAGAAAAACAGAAACAACAUUUGGCAUCCAUAAACACCCAAAAAGAACUUCUGGCUUCUAAAGAAAAAAAAUUGAAGGAAAAGAUUGCACAGGCCAUGCAAAUUUACCCUGAGAGGAUAGAAGUCGACAGAACCGUAAAGAGUCUUGACACAGAAAUGAAUCGCUUAAGGGAAAAGAUAAAUUCAGAAGCAGAUCGUCAUGGAAACAGAGACGAAAUAAUAAAGGAGUUCUAUGAAGCAAAGGAAAAAUAUGAGGAUGCAGAAAGUAAAGUGAAAAAUCUGAAGAAAUUUAUUAAACUGUUGGAUAAAAUAAUGACACAGAGAUACAAAACGUAUCAGCAGUUCAGAAGGUGCCUUACUUUACGAUGCAUACUCUACUUUGACUUCUUACUACAUCAGCGUGGUUACUUUGGUAAAAUGAGCUUUGACCACAAGAAUGAAACACUUUCAAUAACAGUCCAGCCUGGAGAGGGAGGCAAGGCUGCUCUGAAUGACAUGAGAUCUCUAUCAGGAGGUGAACGUUCCUUCUCAACCGUUUGUUUCAUUCUUUCUCUGUGGUCCAUUACUGAAUCUCCUUUCAGAUGCUUGGAUGAAUUUGAUGUCUACAUGGACAUGGUUAAUAGAAGAAUUUCAAUGGACAUGAUGCUGAAGAUGGCAGAUUCUCAGCGUCAUCGACAAUUUAUUCUGCUCACUCCACAAAGCAUGAGUUCUCUACCAACAAGUCGGCUUAUUAGAAUCCUCCGAAUGCAAGAUCCUGAAAGAGGGCAGACAACACUGAAUUUCCAAAAUAGACACCAAGAGCAGGAAGAUGAUUAAACUUGAUACAUAUCUUUAUACAUUAAUAUAUUAUCCCAAAUGACCAGAGUUUUGUACAGUAUAACUGUAUAAUUAUGUCUGUAAGAUUAUUUACUUAUUGCUGGUUAAAAGAAAAAUUAAUUGGAGGAUAUGCCUAGCAAAGGAAAAAGUUCCUUUAUAUUUUCUAGUAUGUGUUUGGACAAGCUGAAAACAUAAGCACAGUGUAUAAUUUUAAUAAAACUUGGACUUGACAACUAGUAAAACACAAAUUUUCUUUCGACUCGCUUUUUUUAUUGCCAGCUACUAGAGUUUAGAGCAGAACAUAUAUUUUCAUGGAGUUCUUAAUUUUUUUUGUAUAACUGGCCCGAGAUAAUUUUAAUAAACUUUUUACAAAAAUGAUAUAAGUAAUAAUGUGUUCAAUAUAUACCAUAAAAAUGAAGUGUUUACAACUUAAAAUUCUACACAGUAGGAUUAUAUUUUUAAAUUGUAUUCAAGGUUAUAAAAUGUAACGUAACACAUGCUCUUAAUUUUCAAAGGUGUGGAUGUCAUUCAGUUUAUCAAGGGUAGGAUUAUUGUGCUGUUGGGCAUUAUUUGUUAUUUGAUUGUAUUAAUAUUUGUUUACAUCUUGAGCAGUGCAAAUAUUUUUGGUAUUUUACCUUAGAUACACAAAGAAACUACUAUCUUAAGAACUUACCCACUGAUAAAUGAAAAUGGGUUCUGAAGUUCUUUUAAAAACAUCUUCCUUUAAUACUACGUAUCGGUAGUGCUCUAAUUAAAGCACCGUCCCCCGCGACUUUGGAGCCCAUGUUAAAAGUACCCAAAGGUGCCACCUUGCCUUACAUUCUGCCUGACUUCAGACUAACACUGCUAACCACCAUUCUACAAACUGUGUUAACUACAGUCAAUCUGCCCAUUCCAUUUUCUAGUUGAACAAGAGCUAAUAAGUGCAGACAGAGUUAAUAAUUUUCACUUUAUAUUCCAUAGCUUAAAGUGCAGAAUUUAUUUGCAGUCCUUUGACCAUGGAAAAACUAAUCCCUAGCUUCUCCUAAGAUUUUUUUUCUUUGUAUAAGUGAUUUGAGUCUUCAGGCAUCACUAUAAUGACUAGACAAGUUUCUUUGACAAAGGUAGUUCUUUAAUUUUGGUUAAACAAAGCAUGUAUGUAAUACGCUUACACAGGUGGAUCUAGACCCAUGUAUAUGUAUUAAAACUAAACAAAAGGGAGAAUCCUUCCAAAGCUUCUCCCAAAGCAAAUCUUCCUCAAUAUAUGGGAAUGGAGGGAGCAGAAGACUCCAUUGUAUCACAUGGGGUCUUCUUUUGCUAAUCUAAAUAGAGGGAUACACUUACUAUGGUAGUGGCCAGCAAUACAAAACCCUGAGGUACACUUAAUAUGGGAAUAAUUUCAAAAUAUAUUGAACGUAUAUUUUUAAAUGUGAUUUGCUGAGUAACGUACAAAUAUAUGUAAAACUACAUACAUAUUUUUAGUAAACAAGUUAAUUGUAUCAGGCUUGUGAUCCAUUGCAUAUAUGGGAAAUGCAUCUUGAACUUUUCAUACAUACAGUGAUAAAGUGUGAUCAUAUGGAGGUGUGUUACACAAGACUUAUUGGACUGGGGGGUGGGGGUUGUAUGCUGUAGUGAGAGGUUCUCGGUUUUUGUUUUGUUUUUUGUUUGUUUGUUUUUAAUAUCAACAGGGGAAAGUUUUGUGGGGUUUUUUAUUUAUUUCAGUUUCUUUGAAUAAAUUACACUGAAUGAACUUUCUGAUCCCUCGGGAAUUUAAGCUCUUAGGAGCUUGUCUGCAACUGUCAAUUUAAAGUUCAGGCCAAAAAGUCUGCACUUCUUUGAACUUGCAGUGACUCGAGAAUACCUUGAUCUUUCAAAUAAUUCUAAUUUAAUGGUUGUUUUCUUUUCUGUUUGCCAAAUAUUAAAUUCUUUCAGAAAA